AUGGCACUGGAAAACAUGCCAAUUGUAUUAGACAACGGUGCAGAUUAUCUAAAAGCCGGAUUCGCCGGAGAAAGCGCUCCACGAAUUUUAGUUCCCAUGCUUACCACUCAUUCCCUUUCGUCUUGGGGUACAGCAGAAUGGUUUGUCGGUGAACACGCCAAAGCCUUACGUCGAGAGCUUCCAGUCCGUUGUCCCAUUUCUCACGGUCAGGUGACCAACUUUGAAGAACUGGCUAUUAUAUGGCAGUAUAUGUACGCAAAAGAAUUACGCACAAAUCCCGCAGAUCAUCCUGUUCUCAUUACCGAAUACCCAGUCCUACCGCAAUAUCAUCGUGAGCGGAUGGCCGAAAUGGCAUUUGAGAAGUUUUCCGUUCCAGCAAUUUACUUCUCCAAUCAGUCUGUUCUCUCACUGUACGCUGUCGGUUUGAGCACUGGUUUGUCUGUGGAUAUUGGAACUGAAACCACAAAUGUUGUCCCGGUGGUUGAAACAUUUCUGAUUACAGAUGCUGUGAAACGCCGCACGAUUGGUGGGGUGGAUGUGACCAAUUUUUUGCAAAGAUUACUAGUCUCAGGCAAUCCGAAAGUUUCACGUUUUAUAACUGCAGAUGUGACACGUUAUUUCAAAGAGCGAUUGUGUUAUGUGGCACCAACGCUGUCGUCUGAAGCACUGAGCUAUGCGGAUUCCCAGCCGGUGAGCUACCAAACUCCGGAUGGGCAGCUAGUAAACAUUGGGCGAGAGCGGCUUAUAGCACCGGAGAUAUUGUUCAGUCCAAAGCAGGCUGGUCUCGAAGGCAACGGAAUUCAACACUCAAUUGUGGCAGCAAUUCGGGAAUGUCCGGAAGAACUUCACUCCUACUUGAAUGGAACUAUUGUGCUUAGUGGUGGAACAACAAUGAGCAAAGGACUACCGGAACGUGUUAGACAGGAAGUAAAAAAUUUGACUGGAGAGAAGGUGGUUGUGAAUGUUCACGCCUCGCCACAUCGGAAAUACGCAGUUUGGAUUGGUGGGUCAAUUCUGGGCUCACUGAACACCUUUCACAAAUUGUUAAUAUCAAAAAAGGAAUUUGAGGAGAUUGGCCCAUCCGUGGUACACCAAAAAUGUUCGUAG